AUGGCGCCAUCGCCGGACCCUCAUCAGAGUGAGCACGCGCUCAGCAGCCUCCAGACUGAGGCCCUCAGCCCCGUGGCGCGCACCAUGGACUCGAUGGACACGCUGGAUUUGUGCACGUCCUUCAACCGCGAGGAGGCCCGCGUGGCGUGCGCAAUCGCGGCGUGUCUGCCCGCCAUUGCGGCCUUCGUCGACGACCUCGUCCCGCGUCUACGUGCUGGCGGACGGCUUGUGUACGUGGGCGCGGGAAACAGCGGGCGUGUCGCCCAUAUGGACUGCGCGGAGCUGCCAGUCACCUUCUCGGUUGAUCGAGAGCAGUUCCUGGCCGUGGUGGCGGGCGGGACCGGGGCUGUGCUUGAGGCCGUCGAGGGCGCUGAAGACCUCUUCGACGACGGCGCAACCAAGAUGAAUGACCUUUGUCUGACUUCACAAGAUACCGUCAUUGGCAUUUCAGCUUCGGGGCGAACGCCGUUUGCCAUGGGCGCCCUGGAGGUGGCGAUGCGGUGUGGCUCCCUGACGGCGGUCAUCACCAACACACGGCCAUCUCGCAUGGAGGACAUGGGCGUCGCACACCCCAUCAGCGUGCCUGUCGGACCCGAAUUCGUGACAGGCAGCACGCGUCUCAAGGCAGGCAGCUGCGCGAAGCAAGUCCUCAACAUGAUCAGCACCUGCGCCAUGGUCAACCUCGGCAAGACGCAUGGCGGGCUCAUGGUCGACGUCAGGGCAAACAACGAGAAGCUCCACGCGAGGGGGAGACGCAUCGUACGGCAGGUGUGCGCGGGGAAGCCGCUGAUGCGAACUAUUUCUCAGCACGUGCUGCCAAAUGCUGAGGCAGAUGAGGACGCCGGGAUCGACGCGCUGAUCGAGCGCUGUGGCGGCAGCGUCAAGCUCGCCUGCGCCGUUGGACUCUCUGGUCUGCACCCGGAUGUCGCAAAGCGGAGACUGGAUGCUGUAGAUGGCCAUCUGCAGGCAUUCGCGACCGGGCUCGGACCGGAGUUACAAUCACUGGCAGGUCGCACGGGUACGGAUCGCGAGAAAGCAGAGAAAGACGACGACUACUUCCUGUGCGUGGACGGCGGCGGGACCAAGUGUGCCGUAUCCAUCGCUACGCGAAUAGGCACAGUUGCUCGAGCAACUGCAGGGCCCUGCAAUCUCAAUUCGGCCCCCUUGGACGACAUCGUUGAGCAGAUCCGGUGCGCAACUGCCGCAGCCGUAGCUUCAAUACACCCAUCAAACGACCCGAGCCGACCAUGGCCGAGAUUCACCAAGGUCUGGGCUGGCAUCGCCGGAUUGCACCACACCAGCCAAGCCGAAUUGCUGUCAUCUCGCCUUGAACAACUCCUCGGUGUGUCCGCAAAGGAGGGGAGCCUGCGCCUGACGUGCGACACGUCGCUGCUGUCGGCGUGCCUCGGCGCGGACGAGCUAGCGGAAGGAUGUAUCGCUCUUGUUGCUGGCACAGGAGCCGUGGCGACGGCUUUCAGGAGAUCGGACUCGGGAGACGACGCCGUACAAGUCGGGCGGACAGGCGGUUGGGGCCAUCUCGUCGGCGACCAGGGAAGUGCGUUCUACAUCGGCCAGCAAGCGCUGCGAACCGUCCUCGCGAGCCUGGAAGGCCGCCAGAGCGAGACCCAGCCCCGUUCGCUCAACCGCCUCGAAGCCGCCGUCGUCAAGCACCUGGACUGCGACCCGAGAGACGUCCUAUCUAGCAUCUUAGUGCCGGGCGUGGAACUGCCCAAGCAGCGCAUCGGCAGAAUAUCCAAGGUGGUCACGGAGCUAGGGUUUGCUGAUGGCGAUCCGGAUCCGCAAGCCCUGGCGAUUCUUCACGACGCGGCCAGUUGCCUCGCGCGCAUCGUCAAGCCACUGGCAUCGCAAAAGAUGUGCGAUCCUGCAAAGAGCAUUUUGGCUCUAUCGGGGGCAUUGAUGAACGUCAAGCCGUAUCGGGAGUUGGUCCUGGACAAGUGCGCGGCGAUGGGCGUGUCCUUCAGGAGGACCGUCCUUGUCGACGACGCGUCGGCGUACGGGGCCGAGUUCCUCUCCAAGACGGCUCCCACGCCGCUAGAUGAGGAUAUGGGACGGUUGCUUGCGAGCCGGCAAGUCGAGAAGGAUACUAUAAUUGGGGACCAGAUGUCGCACAGCUGCAACGUGGACCUGCCCAGCAUCAGGCCGGGGCUGCAGAAACUAUCUGUCGCAUGA